UUUGAAGUUCAAUAUAAAUAUUUAUUUUAGUUAUUUAGAUAUAAAACAAAAUAAAUUAGAAAAGUAUAGAAAAUUGCAACAGAAAAAACUCUCCAUCUUCAUCUUCUUCUUUAUAUCACAUUCUCUACAAUCAGAAAGAAAUGUAAAAAAAAGGUUAUUCAUAAACAACAAGAACUGGAGAUGGGAGCCCAUUCCCAUCCCCCGUUUCUUCAAUGAUUUCCCCAAAAAUUCAAAACCCAUUUCCCCCCUUCAUCUAAACAACAAAAUUUCCCAAGAAAAGCUCCAAGAUCCGUUCAAAUUUCACUCCCAAACCCUUAAUCGCCCCCCCAAUGUCAUCGGUAAAAUUCUCCUCCGGCUAUGGCGCCGUUCCUUCACCGGCCGCCGCCACGAUCCCCACCACUUCUUCCGGAGCUCCACCUCCUUUCCCUUCCAGUUCCUCCUUCCUAGAACGCGCUAAAACCACCACACAAUCCCUAAUCGCUACACUGCGGCCAUGGCGAGAGCUCUUCGAUUUCUCCGCUUUCUCUCUCCCUUUCAGCUACGACGAUGCCAUGGCUAGAAUCCGUCAGAAUGUCAACUACUUUCGUGUUAAUUACGCUUUGGUGAUGCUGAUCAUCGUUUUUUUGAGCUUGUUCUGGCACCCGAUUUCGAUCAUCGUCUUCUUGCUGAUCUUCGUUGCUUGGUUGUUCUUCUACUUCUUUCGUGAUCAGCCUCUUGUUCUCUUCAACCAAACGUUUGAUGAUAAAGUUGUUUUGGGGGUUUUGAGCAUUUUUACCAUCAUUGCUCUUGUUUCUACUGAUGUGGGAUCGAACGUUUUAGGAGCUCUAAUUACAGGUGUGGCAGUGGUUGGACUGCACGCGGCUUUUCGGAUUACGGCGGACCAUUUUCUCGAUGAGGAAACUGCCGCAGAAGGGGGAUUGCUGUCGGUUGUGGGUAAUCAGCAACAACAACGAGGUUAUACUCGGAUUUGAUUCUCAAUUUCAUUCAGAGUCAUGGCUAUUUUUGAUGGGGGUUGAAGACGUGUUGACAAUUGUCUCUCUUAACUGCCAAGAAUACCAUAUUGGUAAGGAGUUUGAAUGAAUGGGAGGACACCUUCAGAAAUCAUGGAUUCACAUCAGCUUCCAAAAAUGCUCUUCCUAGGAUGAAACCUUCUUAGGGAUUGAUUUGCGGAGAUAAUUGACUAAAACCUCAAGCCCAGAAAUGAUAUCUUUCCCACUUUUUAAAAGUAGAAUUUUGAUCUUUUACUUGCAUCAUCAUCAAACAAUUUUACAAAGUUUAUUUUUCUCUCUCCUCCUUCCUCCGAUCCCUCUCUCUCACACACAUUCUUCUUCUUUAUCAGGCAUUUUCAAUCUAAUGUGAUGUUCCUGACGAGUCUACAUGAGUAGUUUCGACCUUCUUCUUCUCCUCUCUCUUUUCAGUUUGUGUGGUAAGCUGAGACCAAAGAGUGAGAUCAUGUGAGGAAGGGAGCAAGGAGAGUGAUCUGUAGGUGAGAGGAAAGAAAGACCAAAGAUCGAGAGGCCCAGAAAACCCAUUUAGUAAUUUCACCUAAAAAAAACCUCAAUGGGACAAAUUUCGUUUUCCUCCCAGCAUUUGGGUCAUCCAUCCAAGAACCCUGACUUGUGUUGGUUGAGUCUAAUGGUUGAAUUAGACUAUAAUAUAAUGUUUCGUUUGUUGUGCAGUCUAAUAAGAACAAGAGAUUUAAUGCAAAAUUAAUUGGGAUUCCUAUCAUAAUGCAAAAUUAAUUUGGAUUCCAAUCAAAGUGUGUUAAUACAUUGCAAAAGUAGCUGUAGUUUUCUGAGUUAAAGCCAUUAUUAAUCUAUUUACGAAUAUUUUUGUGUUUUA